AUGGGAAAAAUAGCAAAGAGCAACGGCAAACGACCUCGAACCACCACCAUCAUGGCACCAACAGCAGCAGCCAUCGCCAUCGGCACUAUUGUAACGCCUAACGACCCCAUCACGGAAGGAGCUACAUCUUCCACCGCUGAAGUCAUGGAACCGACAACGUCGAUCAACUCUUCCGCUGGCGGCACUGAGCCAGAUGCAUUACUUGCACCGGUCGGAACAACAUGGCAGGACAAGAACGCCGAGGAUAACGAUUCCGAUGUAGGAGACAAAGAAAUGGAAGUCGACUCGGAUACUGGUGCCACCGAUCUAUAUCCCGACACACCACCAUCCAACUUCCGCGAAGUCGCAACCAACACGCUAGCCAGUCUCAAAGCGGAGAACAUCGCUCUAUCCGAACAGAUUGUGUACAUGUCGACUCUUCUGGCAGGACGACCACCUCAGCACCUGCUCCAACACUAUCAGCAACAAAUUGCUAUCAACAAAGACAAGGAGAAAGACAAUGCACAAUUGAUCAAGCAACUGGAGUCAUCGCUGUAUGAGCUCAGGAUAAAGAAGCACCCAGGGUCCACCAUCUCAGCACACUCCACCAUAUUAACGCCAACAGCAGCGACCGCAACAAUUGCCAACAACACCCCAACGGCGGUAGUCGCAACAUCAAUGACCCAACAAGCGGCCAUCAAACCAACACCCGACAUGCCCAGAUUCUCGUUGAAUCCAGCCACAGCCUAUGAAACCAAUGAGACCAGAGUCUUUCUCGAGCGCUUCGCAACCCAUCUCAAAACACGUCUCGGCAUGGAUACCUUCGAAAACGAGUGUCAUCGGUAUCUCAUCGUCCUCACUAACGACGACCAUUAUCAACAAGAGCUACAACGUCGAUUCGCCGCCAUCGAAGGAAACAUCGGUUGGGACAUGGCGGAGAAGGUAUUCCUCAGCAUCUGCCUCACCAAAGAGGAACGUUUGGAGAACAUGCGGAACAUGGCAGACAUGGGACGCAAUAUGGGCGAGACGUAUAACCGUUAUUCCGCUCGUAUCCUUCGGCAUGCACGAGUGAAUGGAAUCCAAGACGAUAACGACAUCAUCCUUCAUCAACUCGGGAGUGGGCAACAGAACACAGAAUAA